CUACAUGCAACAACUUGUAAGCGUUUCACAUGAAAUAUUUAGGACAAAAACUGAGCAAAAAAGCACAGAGAAGAACUUAAAUCCUUUUAUAUGUGGACAAAAUGCCAAACAAGGCACAAGAGGAUGCUGUGAUCAAUAUGAAAUCUGUGCAGGAAAUUGCUAAACAGUUGGGCUUUGAGUGGAAUGUUCUAGCAUUUGAACUGGGAUUCACCAGAAAUGAAGUCAGGCAGUUUAAUGCCAUAUCCAAAGAAAAGAGAGUUCAGGCUCAGAGAAUGCUGGAAUCAUGGUAUGAGCGUUCCUGGGACAAACCAAACAAAACUAAGCUGCUGCAGGAUGGUCUGGAGCGAGCAGGACGCCGUGAUCUGGCUGAGAGGCUACGCUGUCUGCACUGGGGUCACCAGAAGCUCAGCCGUAGAGUCGAACUGCCCUCUGCCUUCCCCUUCAUCAUUACCGUUCAUAAGACCAUUGACAACAAAGAUGCCCUGAGCAAGAUUAAUGUGCUUAAUCGCAGUUAUAACUAAGAACAUUUACUGAAACAAAGAAAAUAAUGUGAGAUAAAAGUCUGAAACAAAAUUAAAAGAUAAUUCAGAAUGUUUCUCUUCUGCUUGAGGUACUUCAGGAAAACAGCUGAAAUAAAUAAAAAAUUAUAAGUUAGUGUUAAAGCUUUUGGAUGAUCCCAAAUUUGUCAACGUGGCCUAAAACUUUUGGACUCUUAAGACUCUUAUUCUUAAGAAUCCAGAUGUUUUAGCUGUUUGGUAUUUUUUAAAAGUACACACACACACACACACACACACACACACACACACACACACACACACAUAUACAUAUACACAUAUACACUACCUCACAAAAGUCUUGUCGCCAUUAGGAACAGUUUUAGGAACAAAUAAUAACUUGACUUCUAGUUGAUAAUUUGGUAUCAGAAGUGGCUUAUAUGUCAGGUAAAGGCCUCUAGAUUAUGCUUAUUUUACCAAAACAAAAUAUGAUCAUGCCUUGAUUUUUAGUUAAUUAGCACAGUAAGGUCUGACUUUGCUUAGACAAAAUCUUGUCACUUAACAGAAAUAAUGUAAAGUAUAGAAUAUAAAGUCAUGGUGCAGAAUUUAUAUUUUGUAUUGUACCAUGAGCUUGCCCUCUCCUGUGAUUUGAAAUGUAAUGGGCAGCACAAAAGUCUUGAUGCCUCAGGCUGUUGAUGCUGCCAUUCACUCUGCAGAUCUUUCGCAUGCCCCCAUACUUAAUGUAACCUCAAACCAUGAUUUUUCCUUUACCAAAUUUGACUGAUUUCUAAAAGAAUCUUGGAUCCAUGUGGGUUCCAGUAGGUCUUCUGCAGUAUUUGUGAUGCAAUUCAACAGAUGAUUUAUCAAAAAUAAAUAAAUUUUGUAUUUUCACAUUUGUAACAGUAAAGUUGCAUUUUAUCAUGCGUGUAAAUAUGAAUUUUAAUUGUUUUUAUUAUGUGUGUUUUAAUUUGAUUUAAAAUA